AUGGAAAUGGCGGCUCUCCAUUUGCCUUCGUUCUCGAUUCAGCCAUCUCCGCCAUUCCCAAAGCACUGUGUAUCUCUAAACACUACGCAGCUCAUGACCGAAUUCGUGAUGUUCCAAUGUCCGUCGAGGCGCAAUCCUCCAAAAUCUGGUUCCCUGAUGAUUAGACGCCGCUUAGUGAGAGCAGUUAGCGAUUCGGGUAGCUCGACGGAAGGAGCAGCAGCUGAUUCUCCGGACGAGAACAUUGUUGUUACUAGCGAUAGAGUUAAUGAUUCUCCGCCUGAUUCUCAGGACAAAAAAUGA